AUGUCACUUUUCAAGAAAGAAGUCGAUCGAUUGACAAAUGCGGGUAUUUGGAAACCUGUGAAGUUUUCCCAAUGGGCUUCGCCUAUUGUACUAGCGCCAAAAGCUGAUGGUUCCAUAAGAAUUUGUGGGGAUUUUAAACAAGCAGUCAAUGCGCAAAUUGACAUUGAACAAUAUCCUUUGCCCAUACGCGAAAGUCUUUUCCAUAAAAUGAAUUGCGGUCAACAUUUUACAAAAAUCGACCUUAAGGACGCGUAUUUACAAAUGGAACUCGACGAUGAAGCAAAAACAAUAAUGGUUGUCAACACUCCACUUGGGUUAUUCCAAUACCAACGUUUACCGUUUGGGAUUGCAAGCGCUCCAGCUAUAUUCCAAAGAUAUCUUGAGCAGUUACUUCAAGGCGUAGAAGGUUGCGGAAAUUAUCUCGAUGACAUCAUCAUCUCCGCACCUACAUUUCAACAACACAUCAGCCACCUAGAACAAGUACUUCGUAUUUUGCAACAAAAUGGCAUAUUGCCAGAUGAGUCAGGACUAAAAGCAGUAAAAAACCCGCAGCCGCCUAAAGAUCUAAAGCAAGCAGAAGCAUUAAUGGGUAAAGUAAACUACUACCAUAAUUUUAUACCUAAUUUUUCGCAAUUAUCCGCGCCAAUCAACAUGCUGCGCCGAAAAAAUGUAAAAUUCACAUGGGGUACAGCACAACAACAAGCAUUUAUAGCUCUUAAAACGCAUAUUCUCAAUGCAGCGCAAUUAGCACAUUAUCAGGAAGAUUUACCGUUGGUUCUAGCUACAGAUGCCUCCAGUGCAAAAGAAGAAGAUAAUCAAAAAAGUAGUGAACAAAAGAAAAAUAAUGAACCGAAUCUUUCAACCACUUUUACAGAUGAGAAGUAUGAACCUGGAGUUCUUUUAUACUCGUGGAAAAACGUAUUUGGUUUCGUAAAAAUGCAACUUGACUUUGAUGUUUUACUUCCAGUUCCACGCGAACUCUAUGUUGAUUAUAAAUUUCCUGUUUCAGUGUAG